ACACUGAAAGGAGAAAAAUCAGCUGGGACACGGAAGCUGAGCUCUAAUCCUGAUCGGAGAUGGGGACUAGCGAUUCUGAAUUCAAUUCUGAUCUUCUUCUCGCUCACAAGCUUCCCGAGACGCGAUACACCUACAACGAAAGAGAUGUAGCAAUCUAUGCUUUGGGUAUCGGCGCUUGUGGCCAAGAUGCUGUUGAUUCCGAUGAGCUCAAGUUUGUGUAUCACAGAAAUGGCCAGGAUUUGAUCCAGGUCUUACCAACUUUUGCUUCACUAUUCACACUUGGAUCUUUGACAGAAGGACUGGAUUUGCCAGGUUUUAAAUAUGAUCCUAGUCUCUUGUUGCAUGGACAGCAGUACAUUGAAAUAUACAGGCCAUUACCUUCCAAGGCUUCUUUAGUUAACAAAGUAAGCCUUGCUGGAUUGCAAGAUAAAGGUAAAGCAGCUAUCCUUGAAUUAGAAACCAGAAGUUACGAGGAAGGGUCAGGGGAACUGUUAUGCAUGAAUAGGACGACUGUAUUUCUAAGAGGUGCUGGUGGUUUCUCAAAUUCAUCUCAACCAUUUUCUUACAAAAACUAUCCAAGUAACCAGGGCUUAGCUGUGAAAAUCCCACAAAGACAACCUUUGACAGUGUGCGAAGAGCGCACCCAACCAUCGCAGGCAUUGCUUUAUAGGCUGUCUGGUGACUAUAACCCUCUGCAUUCAGAUCCAGAAUUUGCAAAACUUGCCGGAUUCCCACGCCCGAUAUUGCAUGGGCUAUGCACACUCGGGUUUGCAAUCAAGGCAAUCAUCAAGUGUGUUUGCAAGGGUGACCCAACUGCUGUCAAAACCAUAUCUGGACGAUUCCUCACGACUGUUUUUCCUGGCGAAACUCUAAUAACCGAAAUGUGGCUUGAAGGCUUGAGGGUUAUAUAUCAGACGAAAGUGAAGGAAAGGAACAAAACCGUGUUAGCUGGUUAUGUUGAUAUUCGCGGUUUAUCUUCGUCGCUUUAGAAUGUUAGGUCCUUAUAUUGGGCUGUCAUAAUAUUGCAAAGGUAAUAAACAUGCAGAAGACUCUUGAUGUUUGCUUGGCGUAAAGAGCCAAUAAUAAAACUCUUUGAUGGCGGUCACAAUUUACUGAAAUGGUUAGUUGUAUUGUAUAUUCGUAUCUGUUGUAGUAAAUGUAGAAUGGCGCAAAAUGAAAGUGCCAAAUGCGU